AUGAGUCUGUCAAUACUCUCGUCAAUCAACACUGCUAAUUUCUGCAUUCGUAAUGAGACAUGUUUGUCUCUUUGUUUUUUCCUGCUGUUAUGUCUGUUCUUCAUUUGCCAACUACUGUUGUUCUUACGUCAUUUUUAUCACCCUAUUCGUUGUGGUCGACAUUAUUAUUCUUAUUCUUAUCAUCAUACAGAGUAUGAUAUUGUGUUACUUUUUCAAUUAUCAAUUGCAUCAAAUUCUAUCUAUCUAGCCAUCUAUCUCUGUCAAUCACGAUCUUUCUAUCCUAGUCUCUUACUCUCUCUCUCUCUCUCUCUCUCUCUCUCUAUCUAUCUAUCUAUCUAUCUAUUGAUCUAUCUAUCUAUUUUUCUGCAUUACAUUUACCCCCCACAUACACCCUCUGGAGAAAUAGUCUGCGAAACCUAUUCUCCAUCUUUUUUACUAUGGAAACUCGUUCUUCAUUUGACGUUAUUUACCCUCACUGAAAUUCGCUUUUCUCUUUACCUCUCGCUUUCUCUUUCUUUUUUUCGUCUCACUUUUUUCAUUCUCUACUUAUUCUCAUCUUUUUCUUUUUCUCUUUUUUCUCAUGUCUUUCUUUCUCUCUUUUCUUCUCAUCUCUUUCAUUCUUUAUUUUUUCUUAACUCUUUCUUUCUCUUUUCUGCUCAUCUCUUUCUUUUUCUCUGUUCUUCUAAUCUUUUUCAUUCUCUUUUUCUUUCCAUCUCUUUAUUCUCAUCUUUUCAUCGCUUUCAUUAUUUCUUUUCUUCUCAUCUCUUCUAUUUUCUCUUUUUUUUAUUCCUUUCGUUCUCUUUCUUCUUUAUCUUUAUUAUGGUUCAUUCACCUUUUCUUUCUGUGUUCUUCCAUUUGAAUUCCGUUCGUCCACUCUCGUCAUUUCUCACACACGUACAGAUCUCAAAUUUGUUUUCUUCCUUUUUUCCAUUCUUAUUCGUUCUUUUUUUCUUUCUUUCUUUAUUUCUUUCUUUCUUUCUUUCUUUCUUUCUUUCUUUCUUUCUUCUGUUCUUUCUUCUGUUCUUUCUUUCCUUCCUUCUUUCUUUAUUUUCCAAAUAUAGAAAGUCUUGGUUCUUUCUUUCUUCCGUUCUUUAUUUAUUUAUUUAUUUUCUGUUUGUUUCUAUCUUUCACUUUUUCUUUUCCUUCCUUGCUUCCUUCCUAUUUCUUUCUUUUUUCUUUCUUUUCUUUCUUUCUUUCUUUCUUUCUUUCUUUCUUUCUUUCUUUCUUUUCCACUACAUAUUUUUUCCGUUUUCACUUCUAUUUGCCGUUAUAUUCAUUUUUCUCCCGCAUUCUCUUUUUUUCCUUCCUUUUUUAUCGCUUCAUUUUUCUCGUUUUUUCUUCUUCUCUUCUUUUCUAAUUCUUAUUUUCCCUUUUUCUUCUCAAUUCUCCUCCUUUCACUUCCUUAUUCCCUUUUCCUUUUUCCGCCUUCUUUCUUUACCACUUUUUCUUCGUCUUUUCUCUCUUAAUCUUCAUCUUCCAACUACUCUCUUCUUUUCCUUCAUUUUUCUAUUUUUUCAUCUUCUUCCUGCCACUACUUCCCCCUCCUUUCUUCUGUUUCUUCUUUUACGACUUUCUCUUCAAUUUCUCUUCACUCGUCUUUAUUUGCUUUUCAAGGAUCCCAUGUUUUAUAAACCACCGACUUCCCUUCUUAGAUUCUUUCUUCACACACUUCUCCCAGCGAUGGUCGAACUUUUAAAUUCAUUCAUGUAUCUAUUUCUUUGUUCUCGACACAAUCCAGCGCCAUUGCAUUUUCAAAUUAUUCUAUCUAUUUAUCUAUCUGAAUCGGUUCUUCAUCUAUCUAUCUAUCUAUCUAUCUAG